UGCAUUUCUUAGUUUUGUCUUCAAUCUGUUGAUCGAAUUUACAUGGAGUUUUAGGGUUUUGUCAUGCUUUGUGAUGAGCUACUCCUCUCUGGUGCAGAUUAUAUUGCCUGUCUGGUUUAACAGUAAUAUUUCUAUCUCUUCGAUCUGGAUUGAAAAUUUGGAACUUGGAGCUAUGACUGAAUCACGUUUGGAUCAAUUUUGAAUGAUCAUCUUGUGAAAUGGAAAAUCCCCUUGGCCUGCUAUUCGUAGAGAAGCGUAUGAGGUAUUGGGGGUUUCUAGGUUUUCGACUGAUUUGGAAUUCAAAACUGCAUUCAGGAAGCUGACCCUCAGUGAAAGAUAUUAUAGUUGUUGCAAUCUUAGCAAACUGCAAGUAUUACUUAAUAGUUGAGUAGGAAAAAAUUGCAUGCCAGUCAAUCAAUAGAAAGGAAGCAUACAACAUCAUUGGUUGUCACUGUGCUGUCUUGGUCUUUCUUCUUCUGUAGUAGACCCAUAAAGUUUGUUGCUGUUUGCCUUAAGAAAAUAAGAAUGAAGGAAGAUAUAGAUAUCUAAAUAUGCUGCUUAAGGUAUGUGCCUACCUGAUCAACAUCAGGGUAUUAUAUCUGCCGUCUGAUCUCUCUUUGUGGAAAGAAUGUCGGAAGGAACAAGCCUAAUGGUGGAAACUUCAGAAAAUGGCACAGAUUUGUCUCCAGAUGAUAUUGGCACCAUUGAGGAAAUGCCUGAAGACACAAUUUUGUCACGACAAACUUCUGUUAACCUUAUUCCAUUUAUUGGCCAACGCUUUGUAUCUCAAGAUGCUGCAUAUGAAUUUUAUUGCAGCUUUGCAAAGCAAUGUGGUUUUUCAAUCAGGCGUCAUCGUACUCGAGGGAAAGAUGGGGUUGGUAGGGGAAUUACGAGGAGGGAUUUCACUUGCCAUCGUGGUGGCUAUCCUCAGAUAAAACCAUCUGAUGAUGGGAAGCUUCAAAGGAAUCGGAAAUCAUCACGUUGUGGUUGUCAGGCAUAUAUGCGGAUUGUUAAAAGGGCAGAUUUUGAUGUCCCUGAAUGGCGUAUUACAGGCUUUAGCAAUACCCACAACCAUGAACUGCUUAAAUCAAAUGAAGUGCGUCUCCUUCCUGCCUAUUGCACUAUAUCUGCAGAUGACAAGAGUCGCAUUUGCAUGUUUGCAAAAGCUGGAAUGUCAGUGCGACAAAUGUUGAGAUUGAUGGAGUUAGAGAAAGGUGUUAAGCUAGGUUGUUUGCCAUUUACUGAGAUAGAUGUGAGGAAUCUAUUACAGUCCUUUAGAAAUGUGGAUCGGGACAGUGAUGCUAUAGAUCUUCUUGCAAUGUGCAAGAAGAUCAAGGAUGAAGAUCCUGACUUCCAGUAUGACUUCAAGAUAGAUGCACAUAACAGGUUGGAGCAUAUUGGCUGGUCCUAUGCGUCAUCAAUUCAAUUAUAUGAAGCCUUUGGUGAUGCUGUGGUUUUUGACACAACCCACCGUUUGGAUGCCUAUGAUAUGCUUCUUGGGAUUUGGAUUGGAGUAGACAAUCAUGGCAUGAACUGUUUUUUUGGUUGCGUGCUUCUACGGGAUGAAAAUAUCCUGUCUUUUUCCUGGGCAUUGAAGACAUUUUUGGGCUUCAUGAAAGGAAAGGCUCCACAAACAGUCUUGACAGACCAAAAUAUGUGGCUGAAAGAUGCAAUUGCUAUUGAAAUGCCAACUACAAAACAUGCCUUCUGCAUUUGGCACAUCAUUUCAAAGUUCUCAGAUUGGUUUCCUGUACUGCUUGGAUCAGAAUAUGAUAAUUGGAAAGCUGAGUUUCAUCGACUCUAUAAUCUGGACAUGGUGGAGGAUUUUGAAGUAGGAUGGAGGGAAAUGGUUGAUGGCUAUGGUCUCCAUGCAAAUAAGCACAUUGUCAGCUUGUAUGCAUUAAGGACGUUUUGGGCGUUACCAUUUUUGAGAUGUUACUUCUUUGCGGGAAUGACAAAUACAUUCCACUCGGAGUUAAUUAAUGCUUUUAUCCAACGGUUUUUGAGCGCACAGACUCAACUUGAUCAUUUUGUAGAACAAGUGGCUGCUGUUGUUGAUUUUAGAGAUCAAACAGGUGUGAAACAAAAGAUGCAACGGAAGCUCCACAAAGUCUGCCUCAAGACUGGAUCACCAAUUGAAUCACAUGCAGCUACCGUUCUUACACCUUAUGCCUUUUGCAAACUUCAAGAAGAGCUUGUGUUGGCUCCACAAUAUGCCUCACUUCAAAUAGAAGAUGGUUGUUUCAUUGUGAGACACCAUACCCAAAUGGAUGGGGGGUGUAAAGUGAUUUGGGUCCCUCAUGAAGAACUCAUCAGCUGCAGCUGUCAUCAAUUUGAGUUUUCUGGCAUUCUUUGUAGACAUGUUCUCCGUGUCUUGUCAACGAAUAACUGUUUUCACAUUCCAGAACAGUAUUUACUUAUCCGUUGGCGUUGUGUCAGUUCAUCUUCCUCAAAGAUGUUCCGAACCACUAGUCCGAGGGAUCAUGCAGAGAAAAUUCAGUUAUUGCAGUCCAUGGUUUCAACAAUCGUUACAGAAUCAGUUGAAACAGAGGAGCGGCUUGAUGUUGCUUAUGAGCAAAUUGCCAUGGUGUUGUCACGCAUAAAAGAAUUUCCUCAGUCGUCACAUUGCGCUAAUGAUAUUGCCUAUGAUAGUCCAUCUGACUCGAUGAUUCUACCAGAGGUGCAAGAUUCUGAUGGAAUUGUUCAAAGUUUUACUGCUGGGAAUCCCCCCCAUGACUCUAUUAACAGUUUGGGAAAGCUCAAAGAAAGAAGACCCAGAGAUGGAAUUGACAUUUCUCGGAAACGAAGGCGCUGUUCUGUGCCUUGCUGUGGGCAGUUUGGGCAUGAUGCAACUGAUUGUCCAAUGAUGGGAGUGGAUGGUUUGAACGGAGAUGGGCUAGGGUUCUUGUAGAGGAACAUUAUGAAGGUGGCUGCAUGUGUAAAGAAAUAGUAAGUUAUAAAUGUUGAUAUGCCAUUAGCUAUCAUUUUUCGUUCUUUCUCGAUGCAA